AUCAACCAAGGCUGACCGCGACGCGUCUCUGAUCAACGCUCCGCGACGAUCGAUCGAUCGUUUGAUUGAUCGAUGAAUCAAUACAUCGAUAUCCUCGCCCCCUUUGUCAUGCGCCGUGCUAGACUCAAUUGUGUUUCAUUUCUGGUGUGUGCUCAUUUAUAGUUAGAGCGAUACGCUUUUAAUUCGACGUCGUUUCCAAUGGGCUCAGUCGGAUCGAAGCUCUUUGUGCGCCUUGUUUCUGUAAAGUACAUUGGUUUUGUAUUAUUAUUAUAAUCUGGUUGCACUGUAACACUUAUUCCGUGGUUUUAAAAACAACAAGAAAAAGAGACUGAUCCCAACUUGUUCAGAGGAUUCGAUUUUUUUAAAUAGCAGUUUUGCAUCGUCACUCAGUCGGACCCAACCCGUAAUUCGUAAAUAGAUCUGCAUUGUUGAUUCAGCUGGCUGGAACGUUUUCUUUUAUUCAUAAUUGAGAAUCGUUUCUUAUGAGGGCACAGAGGUGAAUACCUUGGUGAUUUCAGUGUAAUUCAAAUAUCUUUUUGUUUCGCUCUUCUGUUUAGACUAUGCUAUGCAGUCGGUGUUUCUCCUUACGUCAUAAUGAUCUGGACUAGCGGCCGAAGACACUGUCAGCACAUGUUCUUAUUGGUGCAUUAUGAGCUACCGUGAUGGCGCUCCGUGUUUCCAGAGCGCCCUGUUCCAGACCCCUUCGUGGUUUGGAUGGACUCUUCUCUUAUCGUUGCUUCAUAUAAUAGAAAAGGCACACGGAGGCUCCUGUGGAGGGAAUGAUCCGAGCGGUAAAGACAACUCUGACUGUUGGUAUGAGCUCUGGUAUUUCUGAUCGGACGGACUCUAGUGGCCAAGCACAGCACCGUGCAAGCUCCGUGCCUCCUCCUUAUUCACCAAUCCACUUCUUAUACAACCCGAGCCGAACACACUACCAAGUGAACGCAAUUACUUCAGCGUCACCAUCUUCCUCUCAUUAUGGUGUGCCCUCCCUCCGAAGUAUCGUGGGCCCCAAUCGUCAGACAUCCCCCAUCACCAGACAAAGCACGCCACAGGGAGAGUUUGAUUGCCCCGACUUUAACGCCGAGCAGUCAAGACAAAAUGGGGUCUCCAACUCGAGCGCUUCCACCUGCGGAAUCAACUCUCAACAACCUCACUACGACUCACACAGAAGUCAGGAGGUGGAAUCCCAAGAGUACAGCGCCAACGCCCAAAGAGCUAGUAUAGCGGAGUCAUCUUAUUCGUACACACAACAUAUACCCAGCACAUCGGGAGGGACACAGACACAGGUACAAAGAAAUGCUCAUACAACGGCUGGCAUUCAAUCUCGGCAAGCGCCAAGCACAGGACAAUCGACGCACUCCGUCAGACAGGGUAGCAAUACUGGCUCAAGACAGCAGAGAAACUCUUUGACAGAUUCUGUUCCAUCCCAAACCGAUUCAGCUCCCAGCAGACAAUCGGGUUUGACAGCUCUACAAAAAACGCUUUCGCAGGUGCAUUCAGUGAGUAAUGUGAGAACUAAUCCUGGUGUAGGCUCAGAGGGUUCUACCAGCAUCGCAACUGCACACAGUUAUAAUCUCAUUCCGGGUGCAGAAACACAGCACACUAGAGCCCAGAACAAUCACGUGACGCUAAAUAGAAACCCUGCAACUUCCCGAAAUGUCUCCACAAACGUAACCUCUGCUCAUCAAAAAAGUUUGUCUGUGGCUGACAGACUGUCCAGUGGCGAGGGACAGGGGCAGUCACGUCGUCCAGGGGUCAGUGGCCAAGGAAACAGCAGCAGCAGCAACAACAACAACAUGUCGUCAAACAGGCCAGGCCGCCCAGCACAAGCAUCUGCAUCCACAUCGAUCCACAAUGGCCGAACGACUGCUAAAUCACAGCAUGAGCAGGAUGAUAAAGGGACCAAUGCCAGGUAGCAGUCCUGUUAUG